UGUGACGAAGUUAAAUUAAGAAGAACGAGUUGCGUGCGGCGCUCAGAAUGGUGACGUCCAUCCAACCAUCUUUUAAAACUCAUUUGACUUGUUCCAAGCUGUUGUCGAUGGCUUUCAGUUAUAAGAUGUUAGCCGCCAAUGGCUGUCGGUUAUAAGAUGUUACUUCUGUUCAUACAGGAAAGUUAUCAGAUAAACAGCAUCUGAUGCUGCCGAUGUUCAUGAUGAUCAACCCUUUUUGUGUCUUCCUUCUGCUCUGCCAGUCCUCUACUUUGCUCCUAGCUGCUGCCCAGAAAGGCUUCCUCAACAUCGACUGCGGGCUUCCGGCCAAUGCAACCUACAGAAGUGAAACCACUCUCGAGUACGUCUCCGACAGUAAAUUCACAAGCAACGGGUUCGAGAAGCAGCUCGACUCUGGCAUCCCCAACGAUGCGCCAACGAUCUACCGGACUCUUAGAUACUUCCCUCGUUACAAGAGGAACUGCUACAGUCUGCCUGUGACCCAGGGCACCAACUAUCUGGUUCGGGCAUCCUUCAUGUAUGGCAACUAUGACGGAGCCAACACGGCCCCCAGCUUCGAUCUCUACCUUGGAGUUGAUCUUUGGGAUACCGUCAAGCUAGACAACGCAACUCAUAUGUACUGGACGGAGAUGCUAAGCAGUGCAACAACAGCAACCAUGAGCGUGUGCCUUGUUAAUACUUCAAUGGGCGUGCCCUUUAUUUCGGGUUUGGAGCUCCGUCCCCUCAGCGGUAUCAAUGGUUACAAGGUGAAUGCCACUUCUUCACUUGUGACCUUCCAGAGGGUAGACGUUGGUGGAACUGCAUCUGUGAGGUUCCCCGAUGAUGCAUACGAUCGUAUUUGGACACCAAGCUCUUCCCGAUACGGAACUCCCGUCAGCACCGCUGCGACUCUAAACGAGCAGGGAACUCGCUUCAGUUUGCCGCCCGCAGUAAUGCGAACUGCAGUCGCCUCUGCACAUCCCAUACUCAUCACCUGGUCAGGUGAGCCCUCUGACAGCUACCAUUUUGUUUUGGGAUUUGGUGAGGUGCUAGCGUCGACGCUCCAGAGGAACUUGACGAUAAAGUUGAACGGUGACCAUUGGUAUGGGCCCUUCAGCCUCAACAACCGUGACAUAUUCACCGUUUUCACGACAAGGCCUUUCCACCUUGCCCAGUACUCUUUCACGGUGGAGGCCAGCCAAGGUUCAGACUAUGGCCCCAUCCUCAACGCCUUUGAGGUUUACAGGUUCGUCCAGCCCGGUGGCGCUGCAACUUUUCCUCAAGACGUUCUUGCUAUCAAGGCCGUGCAAGAUUACUACCAGAUAAAAAAGAAUUGGAACGCCGAUCCAUGCUUACCUCUCGAUGCUCCUUGGGACGGCUUGACCUGCAGCCUUGACAAUCAAUCGUCUCCAAGAAUAGAAGCCCUGGAUCUGUCUAAUGCUGGACUAAGUGGUGCAAUUUCCGUCCAUCUUUCGCAAUUAACAGCACUCAGAAAAUUGAACUUAUCAAUGAACAAUAUUCGUGGAUCUUUGCCAUCUUUUCUAGCAGACUUGCCGUACCUGUCCGAUAUAGAUUUGUCGAGCAAUAAUUUGUCGGGAUCAAUUCCGAGUGGUUUGAAGGAAAAGGAGGCAACUGGGCUCACAUUGAGGAUCGACAACAAUCCCCAGAUAUGCCAACAAGAUCCCUGCAACCAGGGAAAAGCAAGUGAUAAGAAGAGAAAUUUGAUAGUUAUAAUCUCAGUGGCGUCUUCGUCAGUUGUGGCUGUAGGUGUAAUAAUACUGGCGUUCAUCACGGUCAACUCAAAGAGAAAGAGGCGAGACAAUAAUCGAGGGCGAAAAUCUUCACGACCUAGUGGGAAAAUGUGCACUUUCGCAUAUGAUGAAAUUGUGGAAAUCACCAAUAACUUCGAAAGGGUGAUAGGCAAAGGGGGAUCCUGCACUGUCUUUUAUGGUCGACUUUGGGAUGGCCGAGAAGUUGCAGUUAAAUUAAUGACCGGCAUAUUUUCACAAGGAAUCAAGGAGUACACUGCCGAGGUUGAGCUGUUAAUGAAAGUUCACCACAAGUGUUUGGUUUCUUUUAUUGGGUUCUGUGAUGAAGAUCAGAAAAUGAUCCUGGUCUACGAGUACAUGAAGAACGGAGACCUGCAGAUGUUACUCUCAGAUGAAAUAGAAACAUCAGAUAUGUUGGACUGGAGACAAAGACUGCAAAUCGCUCACAGCGUUGCAAAGGGAUUGGAGUAUCUGCAUGCCGGAUGUAGACCACCAAUAAUACACAGAGACGUCAAGACGAAAAACAUCCUCUUAAAUGACAAAUUGGAAGCCAAGAUUGCAGACUUUGGUCUGUCCAAGAUAUGCAUUACAGAAGAGACAACGCAUGUAUCAACUGUAGUUGCUGGAACACCUGGAUACAUAGACCCUGAGUAUUACUCUACAAACAAACUUACGGAGAAGAGCGAUGUUUAUAGCUUUGGAGUCGUCCUGUUUGAGCUCAUCACAGGCCAGAAUGCUGUACUCACUCGAGGAUCGCAGAGAGUCCAUAAUCUUGAAUUUGUGAUGCCCAAAAUCAUGAGCGGAGAUGUUGCGAGCAUAGUAGACCGUCGGUUGCAGGGCGAAUAUGAUAUCAAUUCCGUAUGGAAAGUCGCAGAGAUGGCAAUUGCAUGCACCGCAAAGAAAGGAAUCACGCGGCCUACCAUGACUGAAAUUGUGAGAGAACUGGAGGAGGCCAUAGAUAUCGGGACUGAGCACCAGUUGCAAAGCAAAAGGCAAUCUAAGGAACUGGGCUCCAUAUUACUGUCAACGAAUCCAGCUCUCCUGGACAUGGAUUCUUUUUCUCAUCCUUCAGCAAGGUAACGCCAUAGUCAAUGCCUUCCCUCUCCACGAAGAAUGGUUUUUGCAACAUCAACUUUAUUGUGUCCUUAGACGCUUCCACCAACAUUUCAGCUGUGUGGCCAAGUGCUCCCCUGCUGCUGCCGU